AUAUCUACAAAACACUCCAGCUAGGGCUAUGCCUCCACGUGUUGCAGUCGUCGUUGGCUGCGGUGGCAUGGGUCUGGCCAUCGCUCGCCGUCUUGGAGUUGGCCGACAACUCUUUCUUGCCGAUCAUGCAACCGACCUCCUCAAUACCGCCCGCGAUACCUUGAUCGAUGAAGGCUAUGCUGUCACCGCUACCCUUCUUGACGUGUCCGACUUCACUUCUGUCUGCGCGUUGGCUCAGGCCGCUGCAGCAACGGGGAUUGUUGAAGUCGUCGUGCACACCGCAGGCUUAUCGCCCACCGCAGCAUCUUCUCGCCGAAUCUACGAAGUCAAUCUUCUUGGCACUGCAAAUAUUAUCGAAGGCUUCCUCCCUGUCGCAACUCUGGGUACGAGUCUCGUGUGUGUCUCCAGCAUGGCAGGCUACAUGGUGCCGGCUCUUUCACCUGGCCUGGAGCGCCAUCUCGCAACAGCUGCGCGCGGUGAGCUUCUAACUCAUCAGGAGAUAUCAGUGGAUGCAGAUGAUCCUUCUGGCCCUGGACAAGCCUAUGGGUUGUCCAAACGUGGAAACCUGUUACGGGUCCAAGCUGCUGCUCAUGCCUGGGGAAAGCAAGGCGCCAGAGUGAACUCUGUGAGUCCGGGCGUUAUAUCCACCGGCACUGGGCGUAACGAGAUCGCAGCCGCUGCUGGCAAGUUUAUCGCCUCGAGCCCGGCCGGGCGAGUUGGCACGCCGCAGGAUAUCGUGAAUGCUGUUAGCUUUCUAUCCAGCGCAGAGGCGUCCUUUAUCACCGGAACUGAUUUACUCGUGGAUGGAGGUGUUGUCUCAAGUCUGCGAUGGAAAGAUGCCAACCAAGUGUAAAGACGUACAGUAAAUCAACGCCAAAACAGUGCGGCGCCUUGUUAGAAAUUAAAGGGCUCAAAAAGUAGCUCUGGG